CAAGUACUCCGUAUUUCUUUCUUUAGGACUGAAAAGUUAUACAGACACUUACUGCGUGCGCGUGGGUAUAUGAUGUGCGCAUCCCCACCAGCUCAACUUUGCUUCUUUUUAACUUCCUUGUUAUAAUCAUAAUCAGGAAUGGUUACUAAUCCUCUCUGAUUCUGCCGGCGAAACUAGAUGGACGAGUCCCGGAGAGGAAGAAUGGGAGGAGUGGAAAUGCCCUCGACCACGAAGUCGGCUAAGAAAAAGUCCACCCUCCCUUUCCGUCGAACCAAGCAGCACGCCGGCUCAGAAUCUCCGGUUAUAGGCGCCGAGGAUUUCAGCGACGUCUUCGGAGGACCUCCUCGGACAGUCAUGCGCCGCCAAUUUUCCGUCAGCGAUUACCGGAAGUGUCCACUGUAUGAGGAAAUCUUCCUGCCGCCGGAGAAUGUCAUCCCGACCAGGUGUGGACGCAAAUUGCCCGAAUUCAGGAUUCCGUCUGGGAAGUGCAGCCGGAUGUACGAUGAUGGAUUUUACAGCGAUAUUUUCGGGUCGGAAGAAGAAGAAGAAAUGAGAAGAUCGAGAACACGGUCCGGAUCGAAAUCCAAAGCCAGCUCAUCUUCGGUACAGAGCUCCGAGAACGUCAGCCCUCUACGGCCGGCGAUCGGAGAAGCCGAUCCCGACGUUUCGUUCUUUGCUUCAAAGCUCAGGCCAAUAAAUGUGCCGUCUAGAUGGAAUGCAAAGAGAGUAGCUGAUGAAUACCCAAGACGCCAGGGUACGCCGCCAGCAAUUCCGUGUCACCCCCCUUCUUACAAUGCUGAAAGCAAGCAAAAUGAGAGCCUCAGAAACCCUCAGUUCGGGUUCAGCAGGAGGAACUCAUCUCCGGAAACUAUAAGUAUUGAUCCCAAUUCAUACAGAAGCCUCAAAAUCUCUACAGAUCAUGAUAUGGACCUCAAUUCACCAUCUUCUGUUGCGUCUUCUUUUGGUCAUGACCAAGAGGCUAAUCUACCCUGUGGCGUUCAAGACAAGUCAAUGAGCGAUCAAGAAGUGUCCGAAGAAGAUGAGGAUGAUGAAGUUAUGAGCUCAUAUGUUAUUGAGAUCAAUGGGAGCAGAUAUAGAGAAGUAAAUAAUGAAGGGAUUGGUGUGGAUGAAGCAAUUGCUUGGGCAAAAGAGAAAUUUCAGAAGCACUGCUCUGAGAAUAGUUCACAAGUGGCUCCAGAGGAGAAAGAGCAAUCAGACAUGCCAAGCACACGUCAGUCUUCUGAUGAGCGAAAUGAUAAGAACGACUUUACAAAACCAACAGUGGCAGAGAAAGUUGAUAAGCGCGUAGAGGGAGAAGGAAGACCGAAGUUUGAGACUAAUCAGAUGGAAAUGGAGUUACUAGAUGAAAAGAUAAGGUUAUGGUCAACUGGCAAGGAAGCUGACAUCCGAUUGCUCCUUUCAACCCUGCAUCGUAUUGUAUGGCCUAACAGUGGUUGGCUCCCAAUUCAUCUGACAUACUUAAUAGAAAGUUCCAGAGUGAGGAAGGCUUAUCAGAAAGCUAGGCUUUGUCUACACCCAGAUAAGCUUCAGCAAAGAGGUGCUACUGCUAUGCAAAAACACAUCGCAGAGAAGGCAUUUUCUAUCCUUCAGGAAGCCUGGGCCGUGUUCCUUUCACAAGAUAUCCGCCUUGGUUGAAUGUGGAUUCAAACCAAAUUGUGUCGGUUAAAGGCCAUUGAAGCGUGAUGUACAUUUGAAUAAUGACAAGGAGAUGACAAUGGAACAAAGAAUUUCAGGAAAUUGCCAAACACUAGUGACAUCAACCCUACAACGUACCUGAAAUCUUAAAAUGUAGGGGUGGGAAUUCCGUGUCAUGAGUCUGUCUGCCGUUUGAAGAAUUAGAGAGUCGUGUACAUUGCACCUCCUGUCAUUUGGAAUGAUGCAUGUGUUUCUAUUUUACUUGUAUUAUAUACCAUCUUUUAUAGAUUAUUUUUGUAGAUUUUUCAAUGCUACUUAAUUAACCCCCUUUAUGUUGUGUUGAAUUUUGUCAGAUGUGUUAUGCGCGCCUACAAUUAAUCUUUUUUAGUCAUUGCUGAUUUAUCAUUAGAAUAUAGCGAUUGUUUCAAUCUCAG